ACCGUCUUAUAGUUAUCUUCCCUUGGACAUCUUCCAUUAUAAUAUGUGUGUGUUGCUCAUUUUGAUAUAUAAAAAGUUAAUAGAAAUGCUGUUUAGUAACUGAAGUCCGUUGCCUGGAUUUAUGUAAGAAAUCCGAUGAUUAAAUUUUCAAAUCCACUAAUUGGGAAUACACUUUCUUUGUUGUUACGUAUAAGGCAAUGCUACUCAAGCAUUUCAAUAGUAUUCUUUGCGCAUAAAUUUUCACUCUUGAAUCAAAUAGGAUAUGGAGCGUUUGAAAGAGAUUUUAUUCAAUUUUGGAAAGUAAUUAAAUCAAGAGUUUACUGACACAACACUAGCUAAUUAUUUUUUGUAGAAUA